AUGGCAGCUUUGGUACAGACGAUUCCUCAGCAAAGCAGCGCGGUUCCGGUGCUCCAAACUCGCCCCUCUUCCUCCUCGGGUGCUUUCACAACUUCUCAGUCUUUACAGCAAACAAACUCUCGAACCCCCGCUAUGUCUUGGAAUACAUACAACACGACUGGCAAUUCGGGGGGAUAUAGGCAAGGCCAUCAGGUUGUGGCUCCCUACGCCUUUACCAGCACCCCCAACCUCUCCAAUUCACCAAAUGUGCAAAACCGUCAGUCAUGGUCUCCUAAUCUGAGACCCGAGCAUCGAACUUCUUCUGCUCCGUCCGCACCUCAACUCCCAGCGAAUGGUGCUGUCGCCGGAAUCAAUUCACGCCCCGUCAACCACACUGCAGCUGGUUCUGUAUCUACUUCAUCUUCCAACUCUUCUGUCCAGUCAUACAUUUCUAAAGACGACACGGCUAUUCCCACCCGAAAACUCCACAGUGAUUCCUCCGUCCGACCCCUAUCUACCGCCAACUUACCUUCACCCACGCCCCCAUUCAUGAACAUAUCCUCGCCUACUGUGUCCCGCCCAUCGCCUGAUCGAUACCGUCGUGGAAACCGUCGCUCGGAUGCAACGGCGGGGGCCACAACAACGGGGGGCGUGCCGGCACGGGUGUCCCCACCAAUUAUGGAUGAAAACCAGCAACAGGCGACGUCCUCCGGACCCGUAGGAGUCAGAAACCUCGUACCGGAAAACAAAUCUCAUACGAUAGGGCAUACCAGAGCCCCCAGUGCAGACGAUGUUUCACGAUCCGAGAAACCUCAGCUGCCAGAAUUAGCAAAGCGGUAUCGACGGAGGAGCUGGGGACAUAUCGACAACACUGGUCUCAUAAACCUUGAGCUUAAGUUGCCCGCAGCAUCCCCAAUUCCGAUGCACAAGGGGCAGGAUUAUUUUGAUCAAGAGCGGCCUAGGUCGGCUCAGUCACAUAAGGAAGUAUCGGGGAGCAUCCAUUCUGCUCGCUCCUCUAACUCAUCUGUGGCCGAUGCGGGAACUGCAUCGCCAAAGCCUGCUGCAAAGCCGGAUGAUACCAAGCGCGCAACCAAACCCUCCCCAUUAUCUCAGCCUGUUUCUGCAGAACCCGCUUCGCCACAAACUGCGCAACAAACCCAGCGGGAACCGCCUAAGCUGGCAAGUCCUGCUUCGCAACGCUUGGCAGAACUCUCGAAAAAAGAUACACAACGACCGGGGAAAUCACGGUUGAGGAGAGCUUUCUCGUUUGGAAGUGCCUCCGAACUACUGAAAGCCUCGCAGGCUGGCCAACGCAAGGAUGGACUACCCGUGGACAAAUCCCGCAGGGAUUUACUGCAGGAAGAAUUAGGUGCGGAACAAGCUGCUAUAGCCGAGCAGCAGGAAGCCAGCGGCUUGGGUGAAAGUAUAUACUCGCAUCACCAAGGUCGCUUCUUCAACAGUUCUACGGAUAACUUGUCCAUCUCUUCCACCGCAUCCUCCGCAUCAAUCAUGCUACGGAAGAUGGGCAAGGGGAUGAAACGGUCCACCCGUUCUCUUGUUGGGAUAUUCCGACCGAAAUCCGCUCUGGUCACGUCACCCACAGACGAUAUUACAGCAGAGCCGAUGGCGCCACAGGUGUCGGUUGUGAAUAUUGAAGCAGAUAGAAAGAGCGUCGCGGCAAAUGCGGAUCCUCAGGAACUUCCUCAUGGCGGGACAGUAUUUCCUAAGAUAGAAAUUUCUGGCCCUGGUGGUGCCAGUCAGGAGGACUUGGCAGAAUCAUUGCAAUCGCGUAAAAGCAUUGUUGGAGGAGACAGAGAACGUGCAGAGGUUCUUGCAGCUGUCAGAAAGGGUAUCCUCAAAAAAGCCCACCCUGACAACACAACCCCCACGCCGGCUAAACCCAGCUCACAAGACAACGGCACCGAUUCGCCUCAGUCCAGUGCGCCCAGCACUCCUGAAGAUCAGCCUAGGACCGGGAUCCGGCGUCCCGACACUGUCAAAAUAGCCGGCGAAGAUGAGUUAUCUGAAGCCAAGAAUGUGACCCUGGGACCUCAAGCAAUGGCUUCCAAGAGCCUCAUUUUUAGCCCUCGAAUCCAGUUUCACGAGACAUGGCCCAGUGGAGAAUAUGAUCGACGGGGAGAUAUCGCAACAUGCAACCGGCUCACUCCGCUACUCGCCCAGCAAAUCAAAGAAGAGCUGAAUACUUUCAAGAUGGAGAUGGAAGUUCACGAAACCUCGAAGAUCUAUACACACUUUCUCUGA